GGUUUAAAUGUCAUAGUAAUUGGCAAUAAUUUUGUGCUGUGUUUGUGAGUGAUAACGAUAAACGUGACGAUAAGACAGUCAGCACAUUUUAAAGAAAACAUUUUAUAAUGUCACAAAAUAAUAAUCCAUUUUCCGAAUUAAUAGGAAGCAAAAAUAAUGAAUCUAGUAGUGGCAAUUCAGAAUCCAAUUCAGUACAUAAAAUAACAUCAAAGAAAAGUAAUGAAAAUCAGUGUGUUCAAACAAUCAACAACAUCGUCGAAAAUGUUUUCCAUUUUACCAUAAAUGCAGAUGCUGCUGAUGAAAAGUCUGGCAAGCAGCUUGUUUAUCUUGAAGAACUAGCGCAAGUUAUGAAUUUAAGUUGCAUUGACUUGGAGACUUUAGAACAAGCUCUAUUUGAAAGAUUACUUCUUGGGGACAUUGAAAAAAAUGUGAUCCCUAAAUCAAGCAAAAUUUUCAAAGAACAUGUUGUUCAAAAACUUGUUUUCCCUUACUUAUUUAACUCUAUGCAAAAUUUACAAAGCUAUGAGAAUAUAAACGAUGAUAUAGUAAGAAAUGGAAUUAAAAAGAUGAAAGAACUAAUAUUUAGAAAUGCUGUUACUGUCCUUAAACAACCUGCAUUAUUUGAAGAGCAGGAUUUUGCAAAUCAACUUUUGGAACUACUACAGCAUGUUGAUCCGCAGAGUCACACAUUUUUUAUUGAUUUAGUAAAAGCCUUCAUGGCUGAAGGACAUGCAGAAUCAAAAGACCAAUUGAGAGAUACAAUGAUUCCAGUCCUGAAAAAAAUGCAUAUAGAGCUGAAAACUUUUAAUAUAAUUGACUUGCCAAUUUAUAUUUUGCCAUCUAUCAAUUUAUUUGCAAGUAGUCCAUUUUUAGCACCAAUUUUAUUGGAAGCAUGUGAGCCAGAAGAUGAAACUAUUGGUAUUCAUUACCAAAACACAAUUUUAGGUGGAUUACUAGCUUUAUCUCCUCUACCAAGAACAGCAGCAGGGCCUCAAGCCUUUUUUGAUAAUCCCUUGGAUCAGACAUCUAUAUCAAUGACAGAAACAUCUCUUUGGAAUGCUACAUCACAUCUUAUAAACAAUAUGCACAGAGUAUUUUUGACACUUCUAAAGGCGGGCCCAGACAUUAAAUAUAGGCUUUUAAGAUGGAUUGCAAAAUGUCUGAAAAAUAAUGCAGCCAGGGGCAAAUUGUGGAAUAUUCAGGGUGGUGAAUAUAACUCGUCCACAUUAAAUUAUGUAUCAGAUGGUUUUAUGUUAAACCUUGGUUCAGUUUUACUACAACUUUGUCAACCAUUCUGCUCUGUGCCAAAUGAUCCCAAGUCACUUAAGAUAGAUCCAACAUAUGGGGCUGUACCUCCUGAAGAAUGUGAAGCGAAAUCAGUCCACUUGGACUGCCUUCAUACGGAAACAUGUCUCCUCCCAGCUCGGGAAACUGAAGAAGGAGUAACUGUUAAACGUCCAACCGCUGAGACAUACAACUUUGUUACUGAAUGUUUUUUUAUGACACAGAAGUGUAUUGACUUGGGUUUCCGCGUUUGUGUCGAAAAGCUGUACCGGUGCAGCCAAGAAGUGAGCAGGGCCCAACGACAAGCGGGGGUCGCCGGAACCGCCAGUAAUUUAGUGGAACGCUUGUUACAAUUUCAUAUGACCAAAUAUUUAUGCCUCCGUUGCGCGUUGUUAGAGAAAGAGACUCUCACGAACCUGCACCGCUUCCAAGCGAUGACCUGCACUUGGCUGGUCCAGGUGUCGAUUCGAGAGAACGAGACCCGAUCGUGCUACGCGCCCGGCGGCCUGUCUCCCGUGGACCUGCCCGUCUCCACGCCGCCGCCCGACACGUUGAGAUGCGUUCCUGAAUUCGUGUUAGAAAAUGUAAUAGUCGUGAUAACGAUGGCUCGACGCAUGGUCGGCGCCAUCACCGAGGAGGCGGACCUGGCUGGACUGCUGCAACCCGCUUUGACGCUCGUAUUGGCCUUCAUGAGGGACUCGAGCAGGACCUACAAUCCACAUUUGAGAGCCCGUCUGGCGGAGUGCCUGGAAGCAAUGUUACCGAACCAUGGCGAAGAACAGCAGCCGCUGAGCAACAUGGCGUCUUUCUAUCGGGAGCAAUUGUUUAAGGAGCACCCUCACAGGCUGCAGUUAGUGCCGUGCCUCUUGGACGUAUUUGUGGGUAUCGAGAUGACAGGCCAAAGUGUCCAGUUCGAACAGAAGUUCAACUACCGCAGGCCCAUGUACGUCGUCAUGGAGUUCCUUUGGGGCAUACAGGAGCACCGGGAUGCUUUUACUCACCUCGCAAACGAAGCAGAAGCGAACAUGGAGGCAGUACAUCCGCCAAUUUUCCUUCGCUUCGUUAAUUUACUGAUAAACGACGCCAUUUUUCUUUUGGACGAAGCCCUCGGCAACAUGGCCCAGAUACGCAUCAUGCAAAACGCGCGAGAAUCAGGCGCAUGGGCCUCCCUGCCCAUCCACGAGCGUGAGCAGAACCGGGCGAAUCUGACCCAUAUCGGAAUGCUGGCCCGUUUUGAUAACAUUUUGGGGAAAGACACGGUUCGAACGUUAGCCCGUUUGACUGCGCACGCGCCGCACGUGUUCUGUCACCCGACUUUGGUCGAUCGAGUUGCCUCCAUGCUGAAUUAUUUUUUGUUGCACCUCGUGGGACCUACCAAGAAGAAUUUCAAGGUAAAAGACAUGAAAGAAUAUCAGUUCGAUCCGGCCGUGAUAGUCCUGGAUAUUUGUCGAAUGUACGUGGAGCUCGGUUCCAACGAGAGGUUUUGCGCUGCGGUCUCCGACGACGGAAGGUCCUAUUCGCCACAGCUCUUUACCUUGGCUGAAACGGUUUUGGCGAGAAUCGGAGGUGGCGGUUUAAUAUCAUCCCUACAGGAAGUGGCAUCCAGGAUUGGCACAAUGGCUGUACAACGAAAACGUGACGAAGACAUCCUCGCGAACGCACCGGACGAGUUCCUCGACCCCAUCAUGAGCACCUUGAUGCUCGACCCGGUCGUGCUGCCCAGCUCGAGGACUAUCGUAGACAGGACCACUAUUGCUAGGCACCUCCUCAGCGACCAAUCCGAUCCAUUCAACCGAUCCCCGUUGUCAAUGGACCAAGUCAAGUCGGACACGGAACUGAAGCAGAGGAUACACGCGUGGAUCGCGGAACAAAAGCAGAAAGUGCAGUCGUCUGAGAGUAGUAGUUCUUAAGUUAUUUAGAAAUAGACAUUUUCUUAUUUUAUGAUAAUGUCUCGCUCCCAAUCCGGUACGGCGCAGACUGUAUCGAGUUAUCCGGAAGCAUUUAUUUUACCGGGAAUCGAACUCGGGGCCUACGGCACGGUGCCAGUAUAGGUCCAUAUGUAAAUAAAUCAAUAGUUGUAUAUCCAUUCCAUGGGUUCGAAAUUGUGGACAAGAAAAUAUUUUAAGCGAGUUACCUCUAUGAGUUGGAUGUAUUCAAUUGCUGAAUUUUGCUUUAAUAGCAUUUAUUUAACAAAAUCCGUGUUAUUACAGUUUAACCGAGCCGUGCGUAGUUGUGAAUCGACGGUGUAGUUAAAUUGCUGUAAUACGAUUUCGUAAGGGCUAUCUCGAAAGUUUUCAUUUUGAGAAUUUUCUUGAGAUACUUUGACAGAGCAGUUCCAGCGUAAAUUUGAUUCAAUAUGAUAAUUGGUAAGGUUAUUUUUACAGUUAAAUAGCUGUAAAGGUUCAGUGCCGAGGUACCUUCGUACCAUUGUUCAUGACCUGCAUCUGAGGUUUAAAAAAUAUACUCUUUCCAUAAAUGUUUUGUGAUAUUAUUUUAAUGAAACUUCAUAAUCGCUCAAUGCUAUGAAGCGAUUUGCUUGUCUCGUUUUCCCACCAAUCUACAUUUUGCGGUUUCUUUGUAUUUGUAAAGUAGAAUACGUAAAAAGCAAAAUUAUGUCCGAGGCGUGUAUUAUAUAUAUCUUGUUUGUAAAUUAAUAUUAUUAUUUUUUUUAAAGUAAAUUCUAUUCGUUCGUUAUUUUUAGAAAUACUGUUGUAUGAAAAAAAUGUUUUUCCGUUUACACGUUUUAAGUUAAGUUUCAGUCGAGACCUUACCACCUUUUUGACACACGGGAGUCCCGCUCAGCUGUACGCCUGGGCUCCGAACCUUAACCUAAGUGUAAAAUAAUGAUUAAUUACAUUUAGUGUAAUAGAGUCGUUUCGAACGUCACCGAGACUCCAUUUUGUAUGAUCUUCUAAUUUAAGAAUACAAUUGUUAAAAAUGAGAAUAAACUUUUUGGUGUAACGA